AGUUGACCCCGCGCGCGCUGUGCGCCGCCGGCCGGGCCGCCUUUCGGGAGAGCUUUCCCGUGGGCGGUCGCGACGUGGCGCGCUGGUUCCCAGGCCACAUGGCCAAGGGGCUGAGGAAGAUGCAGAGCAGCCUAAAGCUGGUGGACUGUAUCCUCGAGGUCCACGACGCCCGGAUAUCCUUUGGUGGUUGUGACAUUGCCUUUGUCCUGUUCUGGCCCAGAGCUCUUAAAACUCAAGGAUUUCCCAACCACGCGAGGGCCACUGCCUUGCCUGUCCUCUGCCUCUGGUCCACAGGAAGCAGCUGGGAAGGGAUUUUGCCUUAAUUUUGCCACAUCCCACUUUCGGGCCGAAACCCUCUGUUUCAGGAAACUCUUGGGCUUAAGCCGCACUUGCUAGUCCUCAACAAGAUGGACCUGGCGGAUCUGAAGGAGCAGCAGAAAAUUAUGCAACAUUUAGAAAGAGAAGGCCUAAAAAAUGUCAUUUUUACCAACUGUGUAAAGGAUGAAAAUAUCAAGCAGCUGCUGUGCGUCGCUGUUAGAAAGUGGUGGCCAUCAGAGCUGCCUCCCUCUGGGGGCUCUCCUGCCCGGUCCUGGUGGAGGGAAGGGCACCCCCGACGCUCGUGCAGCCCGAAUCGGGGAUGUGCUUGGAGCCGAGCUGUCUGGUUCUGGAUGCUGAGGCGUCCACCUUGGACGCGAAGGGGGGCUGGCCUUACAGGACAGCGUCCUCCGGCGGUUGACUGGUUGCAGAUCAUCCCGAAGGUCACGGAACUGGUCGGGAGCAGCUGCCGCUAUCACCGAGGAGAGAGCGUGGAGUACUGCAUCAUGGUCAUCGGAGUCCCCAACGUGGGCAAGUCCUCGCUCAUCAACGCCCUCCGGAGGCAGCACCUCAGGAAAGGUACUUCCCCAGGGGCACGGCGGUGGCGCGCUCAGCCCAGGCCCCUGCCGCCGGGGUCUCCAUCAUCGGGAGGAUCCAGCCGCCGGCCUGCUGUGCAGGCUGCCGGAAAAGCCACCAAGGUGGGCGGCGAGCCUGGGAUCACCAGGGCUGUGAUGUCCAGAGUUCAGGUGUGCGAGCGGCCGCUGAUGUUCCUGCUGGACACCCCCGGGGUGCUGGCUCCUCGGAUCCAGAACGUGGAGACGGGCCUGAAGCUGGCCCUGUGUGGAACCGUGCUGGACCACCUGGUGGGGGAGGAGACCCUGGCCGACUACCUCCUCUACACCCUCAACAGGCACCAGCUCCUGGGGUACGUGCAGCACUACGGCCUGGGCCAGGCCUGCGACGACAUCACGAGCGUGCUGAAGCAGGUGGCCGUGCGGCUGAGGAAGACGCAGAAGGUGAAGGUGCUGACCGGCACGGGUGACGUGAACGUCGUCCAGCCCAACUACCCCGCGGCCGCCAGGGACUUCCUGCGGGCCUUCCGCAGCGGCGCGCUGGGCCCCGUGAUGCUGGACCGCGACAUCCUGCAGGGCGUCCCCUCGGUGGAGCCCUGACCCUGAGGGCGUCACCCCUGCCCUCGGCUCCACGGCUACGGGCUUGUCGCCCAGGAGCCCCCGUCCGCCAGUUCCUCGCUGGUCACUGUGCGCUCGCGUCUCUGCUGCACAGCCCGGCCAACGCCUGGUGACAGAGACCGCGCCUCGGCCCUGGACGUCCCUGCCUGCCCGGCCGGGGGAGGACGCUCACUCACGUUCAGGGAGAGCUGCUGUUUCUCAGGAGUUGAAACUGUAGCCUGUAAUUGUGGAAUUUUAAAUUAAAGGCCCGUCUCUGCGGUCGGCCCCUUCA